AUGCCGACAGACACCGCCGACAGGAGCGGACAGGCCCAGGCCCUCGACGCGGGCGCUGUGGCAGGCACCCAGUCCCUCCAUGCGGAGACUGCAUUGCCUGAAAACGCAAACGCUGACGCUGGGAGCCAGAAACAGGGCACAACUGCAGCGCCGUUGCUGAGCGCCCAGGGGGCAAUUGGCUCCCAGUUCACCGAGCAUGGAGCGAUCGGAGGCACGGCCCAGCAAAUCGGCGGGCCUUUGGACAAGGAUGGCGCAAUUGGCAAGCAUUUCAAAGGCGAUGGUGCCUUGGGCGGAACGCUGAACAAGUUGGUGGGCGGACAGCCACAGCCAAAAUGA